GUUUAUUUUUAAUUAAAAAUAUGAAAUGUCCGCGUAACCAGCUUGUGUUUUUACGUGGCGGCUGCAGGGUGGGUUGAGCGUCAGACUGGUCAGCUGUCGAGUCGACUCUAGGAGCUUCCUUGCUGGAGCGGCUGUCUUCGGGUAAACGUCACAUAUCCAGAGCGAGCAUUCAGAUGCAGCAAAAAGUACUUGACCGAAAAAGGAUUGUUUCCAUGGAGUCAUUUGCACAGAACAUUAUUCCUCCUUUACCAUUUAGAUGUCCCAGAUGUGGUGAACAUAGGCGAUUCAGAAGCUUAGCAUGUUUAAGAGCACAUCUGGACUAUAGCCACACCUUUGACACAGCAACCAGCCUCACCAUGUACAGCCUGUCUUCAGGAGGCAAACCUGUAGAUAGCAUGCAUGAGAAAACAAUCAGCUUUAAUGACAAUGAGAGAUACAAGCAGCAUCUAUUAAGUCUCAAAAGUCAACCAAAUGAUGCAGAAAAAAAGAAGAAAAAAACUUUUAAUGUAGUUUCAGAAAAGAAAGUUACCCAUGUCACUGAAGAGUUUCCAGAUCGUCGCAAAACUUGGUACAGAUCAGCAUCAUCAGGAAAUCUUGCUGCUUCUGCUGUGGUCAUGAAGAGUCAAAUGAAAGACUUGUUUAAAAGAGAUGAUUGUGCUGUCGAGGAGAAGAGACUAGAAAAGGUGAUUGGUGAAUUGGCACAGACAAACAGAGAGCUUGCUAAUGCCCGUGCACAAUUUUUAGAUUUGUCUCAAAAGAAGCAAGAAGUUCAUGCCCGGGAGAGGGCGCUGAGCAGGCAAGUUGAUGUUGCAGUUGAAGUGAUUGCUAAUAUGAGGCACCAGCUUCUGGAGUUUGAAAAAGCUUUGGAAAGAAAGGAACGGGAGGUGAUCAGUAUCCACAGCUUUUUAGAAGCUGCAGUCCAGCAUGAAAUGUGUGGUAAAGCAAGACUUCAGCAUUUCAUAGAAUAUCUUCUUUGGCGAAUUGACUUGGCUGAGAGACACCUAGAAUAUUAUCAGAAGUCAUCAAGGCAUGCAAACAUCAAAAAAUAUAUUGUCAACAAGAAUGUUGAAAAUAGUCAAAGAUAUACUAAAGCCUGGUCAUCGGGAGAUCAUCUAGUAUUUACUAUUCUUCCUGAAAAAAAACAUUCACAGAAUGGAAGCAGUUCCAGACAAUCAGUAAACAUUUCAGGUUCCAGUAAAGUAGAGAGCGGUAGCAAAGAUUACAGGAACCCCCAAAGAGCAACAAAUGAUUAUGCAACAUUUGUACAUGGUUAUUCUGCUCAUAAAAAGCAAGAAUAAAACAUGCUAUGUGAGUUGCAAGUAAGUUUUAUAGUUGAUGCUACUGACACUAUGCUUAACUGCAGACAUACCUUAUCCCCAGUCUCUGCGAAAGAGAAGGUUUAGGCUUUUAUAGUAAAUCUUCCAAUGUGCUAUUGGCUGUUUAUUUUUAAUCAAGAGGCUUAGUAUUAUUUAUUUAUUUAUUUUUUAUUUUUUUUUUUUUUUUUGGAAUAGUGAAAGUUGAUGAAGAAUGCUACACAUUCAGUCAAGUGAAUGUAUUAAUAAAAUACAAGUACAUUUUUUUAACCCUGUUAAUGCAGAAAUUGCACAAUUACUUUUACCUUGGACCUUUACAGUUAGUGCUGUCUUCAUUUUUUAAAUGUUGAGAUAUAUUCAUUCUGUUUGUUGUGCAAAUGUAUUUAAGGUACAGUACCUGUACAUACAUUUUUGAAAGAGAAGAGUACCAUUUGCCAUUAAAUAAUACUUUUUGUCUACCACUAAGGCUGCCUUGGCUAAGUUAAAGAAACACCAGUUUAAAUAAAUUACUGUUGAUCACAUUCCCUGCUUUAAUUAUGAAUCCCAAUUUAUAGAUCAUGCCAUUUCUAAUUUUGCUAGCGUUCAGUUCUUUUGUACAGAUAUGUGCAGGUAAGUAGUCCUGAACAGGGUGCCGGGGGUCUGCUGGAGCCCAUCCCAGCUAGAAUAGGGUGCAAGGCAGAAACGACCCUG